GCGCCCAGAUUCUCUCGCCAAGCAGCCCAACAGAAGGGCUGCCCGCCACGGCACCUUUAAAAUUUCAAUUUGGGCGGCGAUAACGGCGAUGGAGAUGGGAACGAGAAUGACCCUCCCUCUCUUAGCUACACCCUACGACUGCAACCCACCCACUGUGAAGUGACGACAUUGCGGCCACCGCUUCCAAUCCGAGCCCCGAUUCCGCCCCAGCCGCGCGCGAGAGGAGGCAUGGAAGGCGCGAACAGGAGCCCUCCUCGUCCUUCUCAAGGCCCCAAGGCCAAGUUCUCUGUGUACCAGAACCCCAACUUCGCCGCCGCCCUCACCGCCCGCAGCCUCCAGCCCUCCGCUUCCGCCCUCCUUCUCAUCUCCUCCUCCUUCCUCGCCUCCGCCCUCUCCCUCCUCUCCAUCACCUCCAGGGAAGAUAGCCUCGUCAAGAGCUUGACACGGAUCCACGUUUCCUUCAGAACAGCUCAACUCCUUACCAAGGUCUUGGAAGCUGCAGUCGGCCUGGUGUUCGUGGCGACUCUAUCGGCCCUUAUCAGGGCACUGUCACUCCGCAACACAAAGAACGCCCUGGGUGUCGCCGCUCGUUCUUUAUCAGCUGCAUCCCCUUCGAAGAAACCGAAGGAGCAGAAGAGCCUCCUGACCGAGCGCCAGCUGGGGCUUUUAGGCUUGAAGCCGAAACCCACUGAAGCGACUGUAGAUGCCGAGCCCGUCAAGAAGCCCCCUAAGUCCCGGCCCGUCCCAUCCUCCGAACCCCUCGUCCCCAUCCGGAAAUCGGCGUUCAGCUAUGCCCCUUCUCGACCGUCCCGAAUUGGGUCUGAUGCACAGAGCUCCGGCGGUGGCAAGAAGCUGGCAGUGUCGCCCAUAUCACCCUCUGCCUCACUUUCGCAGUACACCGCCUCUCCUGGAACUCCAUGGUCGCGGCAGAGCUCAGGCAGUGCAAAGGGGAUACAGACGGAGGCAAUGCUGGAGCAGUUCCUAGCAGAUGUAGACGAAAAGAUCACAGAGUCGGCGAUAAAGGCGGCAGCGACACCAUCGCCUACCAUUCGGGGUUUCGGUAUUGCAAGCCCUGGGUCUGUGGCCACCUCAGCGACUGCUUCAGGUGCCACGAGGAGCACACCCUUGAGGCCUGUCAGGAUGUCCCCUGGUUCCCACCAGAAGUACACGACGCCCCCGAAGAAGGGAGAGGGGGAGCUGCACCCUCCCAUGUCGAUGGAACAGGCAGUCGAGGCAUUUGAGAGUUUGGGGGUCUACCCGCAGAUUGAGUGGUGGCGGGAUCGUCUCAGGCAGUGGUUUUCUUCGAAUCUGGUGAACCCAUUGCUCGAAAAGAUCGAGACAAGCCACAUUCAGGUAAUGCAAGCAGCAGCCAGUGUCGGCAUUCCCAUUACGGUCAGUCAGGUUGGAAGUGGCACACCACCGACUGCUACACUGCCAAUCAAUACAUCUCCCAUUGAGGGUGCAAGAGAGUGGCAGCCAACAUUCACGUUGGAUGAGGAUAGGCUGCUUCAUCAAUUACGUGCGAUCCUUCUGCAAGCAAGAGAUCAAUCAAUAUCGCAGGUACCCUUAGCUGGUGCACAACAGCCACAACCAAAUCCUCUACUACCUGUCAUACAGGCAUGUGUGGAUGCCAUCACCGAACACCAGAGGCUUAACACACUGAUGAAAGGAGAGCUGAUUAAAGGCUUGCUGCCUCAGAGCAGCGUACGUGCAGAUUACACAGUUCAAAGAGUCCGAGAGCUUGCUGAAGGAACAUGCUUGAAGAACUACGAGUAUACAGGGAAUGGGGUUGGUUAUGAUAAAGCAGACAAAAAGUGGACAAGCGAGCUACCAACUGACUCUCACUUGUUGUUGUACUUAUUCUGCGCUUUCUUGGAGCAUCCCAAAUGGAUGUUGCAUGUUGAUCCUACCUCCUAUUCUGGUGCACAGUCUAGCAAGAAUCCCUUGUUCCUGGGAGUUCUCCCUCCAAAAGAAAAGUUUCCUGAGAAGUAUGUGGCUGUUAUCUCAGGCAUUCCAGCUGUAAUUCACCCAGGAGCUUGUAUAUUAGCAGUUGGGAAGCAAAGUCCUCCAAUAUUUGCUUUAUAUUGGGAUAAGAAGCUGCAAUUCUCUCUUCAGGGAAGGACAGCAUUAUGGGAUGCUAUUUUGCUCCUUUGUCACAAAAUUAAGCAAGGCUAUGGAGGUAUUGUGAGAGGAGUUCAUCUUGGUUCUUCAGCUUUUAAUAUCCUUCCAAUUCUUGAUUCUGCUGAAGAAAGCUGAAAGCAUUUUUGAGGCACUAGCUGUUCGUAAAACCUUUUUGUUUUUCCAGCAAGUUGUUAUUUCAGUGUCAGUAGGUGUAAAUGGAUUUGAACCAUAGUUUCAAAGGUCUAAUUUGCUAGCCAUCACCGUGCCGAUAUUACUCCGUGGGCCCUAGUCUCCUGAAUGUAGAAGUACUUGCCUAGUUUACUAGCUAUAUUUCAUAUUUUACCAACAUGCUUUUCAUGGUAGAUUUUGUGGUGGAUUUGUCAUCCAUCAAUACCAUACAGCUACUGGGUUGCUAAUGGACCUUUGUUUCGGUGUUCUUAA